AUGGCGGAUGUCGAGGAGCCGGAGAAGAAAAGAAGGAGAAUAGAGGAGCUGCUGGCUGAGAAAAUGGCUGUUGAUGGUGGGUGUGGGGACACUGGAGACUGGGAAGGUCGCUGGAACCAUGUAAAGAAGUUCCUCGAGCGAUCUGGACCCUUCACACACCCUGAUUUCAAACCAAGCUCUGAAUCUCUCCAGUUUUUGUUAGAUACAUGUAAAGUUCUAGUCAUUGGAGCUGGUGGCUUAGGAUGUGAGUUCCUGAAAAAUCUGGCGUUGUCUGGUUUUAGACAGAUUCGUGUUAUAGACAUGGACACUAUAGAUGUUUCCAAUCUAAAUAGACAGUUUUUAUUUAGACCCAAAGAUGUUGGAAGACCUAAGGCUGAAGUUGCUGCAGAAUUUCUAAAUAACAGAGUUCCUAACUGCAAUGUAGUUCCACAUUUCAACAAGAUUCAGGAUUUUAAUGACACUUUCUAUCGAAAAUUUCAUAUAAUUGUAUGUGGACUGGACUGUAUCAUAGCCAGAAGAGGGAUAAAUGACAUGCUGAUAUCCCUUCUGAAUUAUGAAGAUGGUGUAUUAGAUCCAAGCUCCAUUGUCCCUUUAAUAGAUGGGGGGACAGAAGGUUUUAAAGGAAAUGCCCAGGUGAUUCUGCCUGGAAUGACUGCUUGUAUUGAAUGCACACUAGAACUGUAUCCUCCACAGGUUAAUUUUCCCAUGUGCACCAUUGCAUCUAUGCCCAGGCUACCAGAACACUGUAUUGAGUAUGUAAGGAUACUGCAAUGGCCUAAGGAGCAGCCUUUUGGAGAAGGAGUUCCACUAGAUGGAGAUGAUCUUGAUCAUAUUCAGUGGAUUUUCCAAAAGUCCCUCGAGAGGGCAUCACAAUAUAAUAUUAGGGGUGUGACCUAUAGACUCACUCAAGGAGUAGUAAAACCAAUCAUUCUUGCAGUAGCUUCUACAAAUGCGGUCAUAGCAGCUGUGUGUGCCACUGAGGUUUGUAAAAUAGCUACAAGCGCAUAUAUUCCUCUUAAUAAUUACUUGGUAUUUAAUGAUGUAGAUGGACUAUACACAUAUGCAUUUGAAGCAGAGAGAAAGGAAAACUGCCCGGCUUGUAGUCAGCUUCCUCAAAGUAUUCAGUUUUCUCCAUCUGCUAAACUACAGGUGGUUUUGGAUUAUUUAACCAAUAGUGCUUCUCUGCAGAUGAAAUCUCCAGCCAUCACAGCUACAUUAGAGGGAAAAAAUAGAACACUUUACCUACAGUCAGUAACCUCUAUUGAAUAAUGAACAAGGCCAAAUCUCUCCAAAUCACUGAAAGAAUUGGGACUCAUUGAUGGGCAAGAACUGGCAGAUGCUGAUGUCACCAUACCACAGACUUUACUAUUCAAACUUCAUUUUAUUUCUUAA